AUGAGAAUUGUUUUACAGAAAGUAUCGCAAGCUGCGGUUACGGUGGAGUCUCGAGUAGUUUCAAGCAUUAAGAAUGGUUACUUCUUGCUUGUAGGAAUCUCGACAGAGGACACUUUAGAGGAUGUAGAAAAGUUGUCAAAUAAAGUGUUGAGUAUUAGAAUAUUUGGUGACGAUAAGGAUUUCCUUUGGAAGAGGAACAUCAAGGAUGCUGGAGGGGAGAUCUUAUCAGUUUCACAAUUCACACUGAUGGCAAGAACUAAAAAAGGUACUAAGCCAGAUUUACACAUGGCUCAGAAGGGACAUUUGGCUAAAGAACUUUACGAUCACUUCUUGACAUUGUUACGUAAUGGAUUAGGUCAAGACAGGGUUCAAGAUGGUGAAUUCGGAGCCAUGAUGAGUUGUUCAUUGACUAAUGAAGGUCCAGUGACCAUCACCUUGGACACCAAGGAAUGA